AUGGUGUUUUUCUGCUUCCUGCAGGUGAAGUUUGACGACAAUAAUCCGUUCAGCGAGGGUUUCCAGGAGAGGGAGCGGAGGGAGCGGCUGAGGGAGCAGCAGGAGAGGCAGAGAGUCCAGCUCCUGCAGGAGGUGGAGCGUCACCGGGCCCUGCAGCAGAGGCUGGAGCUGGAGCAGCAGAGCCUCCUUGGCACAUCCAUGGGUCCUGGAGCAGGAGGAGCAGGCGGGCCCUCCUCUGGAGCUCCAUCAGGGGCCCGGCUAGGACAGACACCUGGACCUGCUGGCCCUGCUGGGUCGGCGCCGGCCCCUGGAGGGGAGGGUCUGUCCCAGAUGUCCUUCUUCAGCUCCGAGCUGCCCCAGGACUUCCUCCAGUCCCCUCCACCCUCCAGGGGACCCCCGCAGCAUCAGGGCCCAGCAGGGGCCCCGUUUCCCCAGCAGGCGGGCCUUCGACAGUCUUUUACAGCAGGGCCCCUGCUCCCUGGAGCCCACCCAGCUCCUGGCCUGCUGCCAGGGGCCGCAGCAGAGGGGGGCAGGGCCCUGCCUGUGGAUACUGCCCCCUCUGGCCCCCAGACACAGCAGAGGCUCUUGGGCCCCUCUGUGCCCUCAGCCCAGGGACAGGGAGGGCCCGCUGGGACAGAAGCGGUGGGACUGACCGCCUCCCAUCCUGGAGGCCUGGCUCAUGGUUUUGGACAUGACUCCUCCUUCCCAACCACCUCCUCUGGGGGCCCCGCUUCCCUCCUCCAGCUCUACUCUGACAUCAUCCCCGACGACAAACCAAAGAAGAAGAGGAGCAGAAGGAGGGAUGGAGACGAGCCCGCCGCUGGGGGAGGAGCCAGGACGCCGCUGUCCUCACACUCUGAUGAAAUCACAGCUCCGCCCACUCCGGCCAUGUCAGACACCUCCUGCUCCACACCAACACGGGGCAGCACUGACCAAUCAGAGCUGUGCUUCUCUCUAAGCUCCGCCCUCUCCACGCUAACGCCAUCAUCAGAGCUUCAGAGGCCGCCGCCCAAUGCCACCUCCCAGCAGAGAGGCCCCACCUCUGCAGCUCGCCUGGAGGUCAAGGAGGAGCGCGAGGAGCGCGGGGCCUGUGGAGGAGGCAUGGUGAAGAUGGAGGUGGGCGGGCUCGAGGGCAUCUCCUCCCCGUCUCCUGUCCACGGAGGAGAUGGAGGGAAGGAGCUGCUCAGACACCUGCUGAAGGACAAGACGUCCCCAGCCACCACACCGUCACCCACCGCUCAGACUCCGCCUGCCGCCCGCCGCCAACUGUCCAAUGACAGCGUCCGGUCCGAGGAGGACGACAGGCCUGGUUCCCGUGGCAACAUGGUAACUGUGGACAGUCCAGGUCAAGAUGUCCUGGACUCAUCUGGCAGGAAGAAGACACAGCGCUGUAAGAGACUGUCUCGGCCGGACAAAGACAGAGCUCCUCUCAAACACAAGAGGAGGAAGAAGGAGGAGGACGAGAAGACGCUCCUGUCCUCACCCACCUCCUCCUCUGACCCCGUGAUGACUCACCUGAGACAGCUGUCGGUGCUGCCCCUCAUGGAACCGGUCCUAGGGGUGGACCUGAGUCUGUUCCCCCCGUACGGCAGCUCGUCUCUGGGCAGAGACUCCAGACUGACGGGCUCCUUCGGGAACGCCUCCCUGGACGGAGUCAACGACUACUAUUCUCAACUCAUAUACAAG